AUGACAUUAAUCAAAGGUUUGAUCAAGUAUUGUUUGUCUAUAAAAAGGUAUGGCGAAGACAAUAUUUUGAAUCAAGAAAGGUUAAUAGUAGUUUAUUUUAUAAGGAAUCAAGGGCUAAGAGUCAACACUUCUACUCGAAUUUUGAAGAUCAAAACUCAACUUUGGCUUUACGAUUGA